UGGUCUCUUUUUUUGAACCAUCGUUGGCGGCGUCCAUUUCAUACCAGUCGUUAGAUUAGAGACGUCUAGUUAGAGGACUCUGAGUCGUUACAUUGCUGAUUUUAUCCUGUUUCUUCACUUCAUCGAGUCUCAACCGCAGUAAGCUAUGGAUGACUACCUGAAAAUCGAGAAGAUCGGAGAAGGGACCUACGGCGUGGUCUACAAGGGCAGACACAAGAGCACGGGCCAGAUCGUUGCCAUGAAGAAGAUCCGCCUGGAGAGCGAGGAAGAGGGGGUCCCCAGCACGGCCGUCCGCGAGAUCUCCUUGCUCAAGGAGCUCCAGCACCCCAACGUGGUCCAGCUACUGGACGUCCUGAUGCAGGAGUCGCGCCUCUACCUCAUCUUUGAGUUCCUGUCCAUGGACCUGAAGAAGUACCUGGACUCCAUCCCGUCCGGCGAGUACAUGGACACCAUGCUGGUCAAGAGCUACCUGUACCAGAUCCUGGAGGGCAUCCAGUUCUGCCACUGCCGGCGGGUGCUGCACCGUGACCUGAAGCCCCAGAACCUGCUCAUCGACAACAAGGGCGUGAUCAAGCUGGCCGACUUCGGCCUGGCGCGGGCCUUCGGCGUCCCCAUCCGCGUCUACACGCACGAGGUGGUGACCCUGUGGUACCGGGCCCCCGAGGUCCUGCUUGGCUCGGCGCGCUACGCAACGCCGGUGGACGUGUGGAGCAUCGGCACCAUCUUCGCCGAGCUGGCCACCAAGAAGCCCCUGUUCCACGGGGACUCAGAGAUAGACCAGCUCUUCCGCAUCUUCAGGACCCUCGGGACCCCCAACAACGACAUCUGGCCAGAGGUGGAGUCCCUGCCCGACUACAAGAACACCUUCCCCAAGUGGAAGGCGGGGAACCUGGCCGCCAUGGUGAAGAACCUGGACAAGAACGGCCUCGACCUGCUGGCCAAAACUCUGAUCUACAACCCGCCCAAAAGGAUCUCGGCCCGCCAGGCCAUGGCCCACCCCUACUUUGACGACCUGGACAAGUCUACGCUGCCGGCCAGCUCCACCCAGAUCUGAGCCCCGCACCUCCAACAUGAUUUGAGCACCAUACCUCCACCCAGAUUUGAGCCCCCUACCUCCACCCAGAUCUGAGCUCAGCUCCUCCACCCAGAACUGAGCUCAGCUCCUCCACCCAGAUCUGAGCCCCCCUCACCCCCACCCAGAUCUGAGCCCCCCUCACCCCCACCCAGAUCUGAGCCCCCCUCACCCCCACCCAGAUCUGAGCCCCCUCACCCCCACCCAGAUCUGAGCCCCCUCACCCCCACCCAGAUCGGAGCCCCUCACCCCAAACCAGAUCUGAGCCCCCCAAGCUCCACUCAGAUCUGAGCCCCCCACUUCCACCCAGAUCUGAGCUCAACUCCUCCACCAAGAUCUGAGCCCCCCACCUCCACCCAGAUCUGAUCUCUAUUCAGCACCGCCCGAUUCUUAUCGCAGCCCCGACCGGGACUGAGCCCAGCUCCUCGCCUCGCAACCUUGUUUCUUUCAAUGUUUUUGGAGUAUUCUUGUAAAUAUUUUAAUGGUUGUUUGUUUCAUAACCUAGUAAAGUUCCUUUUUAACCAUAGCCGCUGUGAUUUACCUGUUUCUGAUUGUUGGUUUGGCCGAUGGUGAUUGGUUUAGAAAUGAGUGGUUUUCACAUAUUUGUUCACGUAUGGUUUUCACAUAUGGUUUCUUCUUCCACCAGCUGUAAACUAAUGACAAGCCUAAGAAAGAUGUCUGCACUAUAUCAACCUCAUAUCCAUGAUCUGACGAGACAUCCAAUUAAACACUCCGUUAGAUAUUA